ACCAGAUAUCGACCCGACAGCUCGAGAGGAUUCUGUUUGUACCAAGGAGGUGGCUGCAAAUCCUGUUGGUCUUAUCGACGGGACAAUCGCCCCAGAGAUGGAAAAUGAUACUAACGGUGGUGGUGCCCCCCAAGUCUCGCAAACAAAUGAGACAACCAUCGAAGCUGAGGGCUCUGUGCUUGAAUCUGCUCCACUUACCCAUGGUGAGCCGCGAGUUGAGUUUCCAGAUUCCCCUGAGGCUGAAGGGACAGACCAACCUGUUGAAGAUGAAGAAACUGAGGAAACUGUCCAUCCUUUUGCAUUGGUGGUUCAUGAUCCUGUAGCGCCUCUGCCGCCUCCUCCUCCUACCAGAUUUGAGAGAUUGAUGAGGGUGUUGGAGGUAACUCCUCCUUCUGCUGUGGAUGAGGCUAAAAUGGUGCUUCGCGAACAUGUGGGUCCUCAGGUAUUGGAGACUGACAUUCUCCCGCGAGUCUUAGAAGCCCUAAGGUAUCUUUGCCAGGAGAAGGUAUUGACCCAGCAGCAAUUUAGUGCUAUUAAUGAUCUGUUGAAUGAACUUGAUAUGGCCCGCCGAUGUCAAUCGGCCGCGAACACCCAGGCUCGGGAUGCUCAAGAGACUUUGAAUAGUCUUUCCCAAGAAAUGGACAUCCCCCGCGGUAUUUUAAAUGAGCGAGCCAUCCGCCUGCGCGAACUACAAAUCCAAAGGUCCGACUUCAAACUUCGGAUCGAGGAUCUCCAAGCACGUUUAGCCUUUAUUGAAAAUGCGAUUGUUGCAGAAGAAGCUCAACUCGAUGAACCUUUGGCUGCUUCUGAAGAAAUGGGCCGCAACCUGGCCCAUAUCAGAGAUCGGGCCACUCAGGCCGAAGCUGGUGCUAUUGAGGCGAAACGCCACGUGGAGGAAAUUUGUUUGAAAUUGAGCUUUGCAGGCCAAUCUUUGUAGGCCCCCUCAUAAACCGUUCAGUCUCCUCACAUGCUGCUAAUCCCUUCUUUUCCGAGAUUUAAGGCAUUAAUCACUCGUUGAAAAACAACGGUCGUGAAAAAUAAUCUUGUGAAAAGAACAGUUACCUCUUCGAAAACAGUUCGGUUUUCUCACAUGCUAUUAGUCUCUUUUUUUUUCUGAGAUUUGGAAUCACUAAUCUCGAUUUACUGACAUCAGUUUUGAAAUUGAGCUUCAUCCAAGGGUGGGGAUUUGCCUGAAGUCCUUACAAAUAGUUGUAUUUCGGGAAGGGAAUACUCACAACAACUUUUCUGAAAUAUUCAAGAAAUGGCCUUUCAGUCUUUGCUUCUUUUUCUCCUUCUUCACAAAUCUUCCCCUCAUGAA